AUGAGUGCGAGAUUAAUAGUCGGUAAUCGUCAAGAUCAACAGCAACAACCCUUAGCGGACGACUUCGACAAGAAAUCGCAACCGACGCCGACUCUAUCGAACCUACAAACAUGCGGAUUUUAUGUGCUUUUCUUAACGUUCACAUACGGCACAAUGGUAUUCUCACAAACGUGCAAUCUUCUCUUUAUGACCUUUGCAGAUCGGAAACCACACAUCGACUAUCAUUGCGAUGAGAGUCUGGCGGGUUUAGGCGCUACAAAGGAGUGUAAUAAAACAGAUUGUUGGUUUAAUUAUAACGAAAGUCAGUUUUUAUGCGAUAAAGAGGAGUCGUACGAUUUCGGCUCAAUUAGAAGAGAGUUCACUGGCGCGACACCUACGCAAAUCAAACUGGGAACAUUCGGGCAGAAUAUCGGUCUUUUAGCUGGCGCUUUUAUUUUCGGAAAUCUCGCCGACGCGUUUGGACGCAAAAAGGUGCUCAUCUUUGGAAGUCUCGGUCUUGCAAUCACUGAGUUGAUUACAUCGUUUGCGCCAAGUUUGAUUCUUUUCAAUGUGUGCCGUUUCUUCGUGAUGAUCUUUAAUGGUGGAAAACACUGUGUUUGCAAUCCAUUUUUCAUGGAGAAUUUACCAGAUCGACAUCGAAUGUGGGUUGCCACUGUGGUCACCUACUCGCCGACCUAUAUUUUAUUGUCAGGUGCAGCAUAUUUAUGUGGUGAUUGGAGAACGUUAGCACGUUUCAGUGCUGCACUUACGAUUGUUCCACUUGUACUGCUGUUCUUCGUUAACGAUACUCCACGAUAUCUGAUCCUUAAAGGUAAAGAAGAAGAGGCCGAAGAUGCAGCAAUUACGAUAACGAAAUGGGAUAAAAAGAUUACACCUGAAGUGCGACAAAGAGUUCAUGACGCUGUGAAAGCAGAAAGUGACAAGCAGAAAGCAAGACAAGCAACGAUGAAGCAUAAAUACAACAUGUUGGAUAUUUUCAAGUCGUGGACACUCACCAAAUACGACAUCGUUUUUUCGAUUAGUUUAUUCUCAGCGAGCUUCGUGAGUUACGGUGUGGCAUACAACAUGGAUGCUUUGGCCGGGAAUGUUUAUGUGAACGUGAUACUGCUCGGCGGAGCUCGCUAUGCCAUCAAUAUUAUCGCUGCACUGAUCGAACUUAAUGUCAAGAGAGUGGGUCGUCGUCAUCUUCACAUAGUCUCCGUUACAACGAUUGUCAUCCUCAUGGGAAGUCUCAUGCUCACCGAAUCUCUAAUCCAUCCUGAACUUGUUGAAUUGAAGAAAGCUCGCAUGGAAGGCAGACCAGUCAAUUCAACCAUUGAAUUCAUCUCGGCAAUAACGCGCUACUUGGCUUUACUGGCUGCUGCAAUGUGUACCGAGGUGUUUGUGUUGGAUUCGGUGCAGCCAUCAGAGCUGUUCCCAACGCCGAUUCGCAGUGGUGGUAAUGCACUUAUCCAGGUGUUCAACCGUCUUGGUACCAUCUGCAGUCCUCUCGCGUUUAUUCCGGCAGCCGCAUGGGCCGCAGCACCGUAUCUCUUGAUGACACUGACAAGUUUGGCAGAUUUGAUACUGUAUUCGGUGUGGAUUCCGGAAACUCGAGGCAGACCGCUACCGGAUAAAAUGCCCGCAGACAUGCACGAAACUGAAACCGAGGUUAAUCCGCUGCUGAUCAGUGCCACCACAACUCCAGAUGACGAGCAUGCACCACAAAUCCGAGCUAGACAUCCGACGAUCAAUGACUAA